GUUGCGGUUGCGGCAAGAUAGAUGCGGAUGGUGCAGCGAGGAUGCGCAGCCAUCCACGCUAAGACAGGCCGAGCCUUGUGAAGGGAGCGAGGGCGAACAACAAAACGUGUAAGCAAAAAGGUGUAUUUUGCAUUUGCGCUGAUGCGUGACUUUGUCGAUCCCUCGUAUAAAAAAAAAAAUGGAUACACUCAGAGUGGGUCUACGAACUGAUGUGGUAAGAUACGAAGCAUUGAAUUCGUUAAAUGAUGUUGAUAUCCAGUCACGAUUGAUGCAACAUCCACAACCAUUGAGCUUGAUGGCGAAAACUAAAGGAGUCCUUUUAAGAUGACACUCACAGGGCCACCUGACUUAUUGGUAUCAAGUGUGCAUCGAGACAUAAAAAUUACCCGCAUUUCAUCCCUCUCCAAAUCCUUGCAACUCUCCAAAGAAUGUAAUUCUUUAAAUUGCAGCACAUUGGAAGACAUUAAAAGCAAGGACGAUAAGCAGCACUGCCGUAUUUUGGAAUACAACUCACAGGAAUACCCAAAACAUCCUAAAUACUCAAUGCAUUCCCCACACAAGAAGACUGACAGGCAUGGAGCUAACCCAGAUAUUGUCUGGAAUGCCCUGGGUCAUCAUCAGCGGUACCGCUUUUCUGCUCCAGACAUUUUCAACUAUCGGUUAACAUCUCAACCAAUGGAUUCCAGUAUAAACAGUGAGCCUGCCGUCCCUGAGCAAAAACGAAGAGCUCGGUCAAAAAGUGCGCCUCGAGUCCAAACUAAUCUCACCCCUAUAUCAUUUGAGUCCUCAUCCUCUGGGAGGAAGGGAAGGGAGUCCCGAUGCACCGUUGGAGAAUCUCAAUGGAGACCUGCUUUCUCACCACGUAAGGAGUCCUCCUAUGCAGCUAAUAGAGCUCAUGAAGGACAUCCUGUUGGACUUCAACCUCAAAUAAGUAGUAACAACAGAUAUUCACCACAUUAUGUAGCUAAUACGUAUGAGGAGGCAUUGCUGGAUAAACCGGCAACCAGCCCUCAUGUCAGAUGUCGGGUAGACAUCAAACCAAAUGAUUCGGCAUUACAUCACACUGGACAUAAACCUCCUCCUCCUCAAAUGGACAUCCCCUGGCAAAGACACCACAAUUGGGGGGGUAGGAGCCUGACCGUGCCCCGCCAUUUCUCCUAUUCCAGAGUACCAACGCCCACAGAUUCAUUGGGCACAGAGAGUCAGCAAGCUUCUCAAAAUUCCUACAGUCUGCCAAAUAAGUACAAACACCAAAUGGAAGUUCCUUUCGAAGGGAUGUCUUCUUCUGGAUAUGACAUGGAAAACAGGACUCACUCCAGCCCUCACAUGCCAAUCCCAAUGUUUUAUGAAGAGGAUCCUAGUAGAUAUGUUACCACUGCUCCUCCUCAGCCCAGUUCUUAUUUUCACGAUCAACGUAACACAGGACAAGCCUCUAAAGUGCAGUAUGUACACGAUCAAAGAGGUCGAGCGGUGCAUGCUGUGGGUGCAAGGCCUUACUACAAUGAAAUGGAGCACUAUCCAUACACUUUAGGGGCAGGGUAUCCAAAAUCCUUUGCAGCAAAUGAGCCAGGGCCAUAUAUCAUACAACCGCAACCAACAAGAAUAUUUUAUGGGGAUGAUCCGAGGUCAUAUCAAAUUCAGACUGCUCCACCAAGGUUUUUUUAUUCACGGGACAUUCAUGCCAUGCCACCACAGCACCAUAUCCCAGCAAGGGCACAUUAUACAGACAACCAAAAAAAUGUGAAAAUUAUUCCGGCACACACAGAUGACUGGUACAGUUCAUAUGCUUCUAGGUAUUCCUCUAAUCCGGUAUCUUACGUGUCCCAAGUCACUCCAACCAGAGUCCAACAAGAGGCCGUGUUCAUGCCUUGGUAUUCUAACCCUUCUGCAGAAACUCAAAGAAUUGGCACAGAUUCUAAAUCCUACUCAAGAUCAUUGGAUGAUAUUCUCUCCUCGCAUCCAGAGAGGGAACAACCCCCUUCUGUUCAACGGCAUCAGAGCUAUCAUGAUCUCGAUCCACGGAAACCUGUAGGAGCCUCAGAUGACAAACCACAGCCAGUUGUCGUCAAUCUCUCCACUUCACCAAGACGUUAUGCAGCUUUAUCCAUGUCUGAUAACUGCUUGAUUGACCAAAGCCCUCCAGCAACAUCGACAAACACAACAAGCAAACAGUGGUUAGUAACUCCCGAGAUUACAAUCACUGAUAAUGACUUUCGGACUGGGAAUCUUAGGAAGGCUGAAGGCAAGUCUGCCAGUUGGGAGAUGCUAGACUCGAGAGGCGCUGAAGAUCAGAACGACAAUAAAGCCUCAACCAAAGAAAAGCCACACGACAACUCUCUUCAGCAAAGCCUUGAACAACUUGAUGAGCUGCUGGCUGAUCUUGUGACUGACUACAAACCGCCCAGUCGAAGGGCGAGCGAGGACAUACUGGAUCAGCUGAAGAAGCUAAUUGACGAGGAAGAGGCUGUAUGUCUGUCAAGGAAGAGCUCGGAGGCUGUUGCAGAAGAACCACCUCCUCUUGACAAGCAACCGACUUCAAUAAGAUUAAAUCCCAAUUCAUUGCAAGAUAUGGAUGGCCCAAGUGAUGCAAUGAAGGGGGGAGAUGAAUGCUCCCCGGAUCAGAGCCCGGAUGAGGAUGACACAAUGAUGUGUUCAAACAACAAAUGCCGGAGAACCGAAACUCUGUUCAAUGCUUGCCUUUACUUUAAAUCCUGUCACAGCUGCUACACCUAUUACUGCUCUCGCAACUGCCGAAGAGAAGACUGGGACAUUCAUAAAGAGAGUUGUGUUUAUGGCAGGAUUGGCAGCUCAUGUCGACAUAUCAUCAAACACUGUCGUGAGACUAUUGAAGUCCACAAAGCCUUCUCCCGUCUUGCCAAAGUUGGUUAUCUUUCUCGAGGUAGAGGCGUACUCUUCCUAGGUUUCCCAAACACUGUGUCUUCCAGUAACUUUUUGCAGGCAGGCCUGGAUAGUCUACCUAUGUCACCGACAUACUUGUCCCUAAGAGAGCUUGAAAGUUUCAAAGACAACCUUGGGGAGUACUGUAAAGAGUUGCAAGAAGCUGGAAAAGAAUAUGACCCAAAUGAAUGUUUUAUCUUGAAUGUAUCCAUUGCGGUUGGUGAGCAGCUGCCUGAUGGACCUUCACCAAGGAAUCAAUCUCCAGCCGUCAGAAAAUAUGCAAAGGUUGCUCUGGCUUCUUUUAGCCCUGACAGAAAGAUCCACAAGAAACAGGGUGAGAUGGAAACCCUGAUCCUAACUCCACCGCCAGGAACAGCAGAUAUUGACAAAGCAGGAGAAGAAGGCAGGAAGGCCAGAGAAAUCUGUUUUAUCAAUAUACAACGAGAGUUAAGGAUUCGAGGAGUGUUCUUACGCCAUGAAUACCCACAAGUGUAUGAGCAGCUUUGUGACUUUGUGGAAAAUAACCUAAGAUUCACCCCCACCACUAUUUAUCCGAUUGAUAAGAGGACAGGUAAACAGUUUAUGUGUAUGAUUAUGGCUGCCUCUGAGCCAAGAACAUUGGACUGGGUAGGGACUCCGCAUCUCCUUGAUGACAUCAUUUAAAUGCACAUAUGUGUUUGUGCACACAAACUAUACUGUACCUUUUAUUAGUUUAUUUAUUUUAUCAGUCUGAUUUUUUAACAGAAUAGUGUACAUUAUUUUUAACAUGCAGAACAUAGAUUUUAAUCCAAGUUAUUGAUCUGUAUUUUGGCUGCUUACUGUUACAUAGACAGCAUAUUUCCUUCACAAGGAGUGUCCCAAUAUUUAAUAAUGUAUUAUAGAGAAAAGAUUCAUUGUUGUGUUCUUGACAUCAAAGAAAUUCUAUGCAAUGACGAUUUCUGAGUAAGGGAUGACAUUUUAUACACACACAAACAAUUUUAUUGGUGAUUAUCAUGAUAAUAUAUUUGGGUGCAAGUAAUUUAACAUAAAUGUAUGAUAUAAAAUCAGUUGCAGUAAUGUUAGGAAGAGAAUUAUUAAUUCCAAAGGGGUGGGAAGAAAAGAGGCUUUAGCAGAUCUUGAAUGACCACAGAGUUUGAUGGUUAAUAAAUGAAACAUGAAACUGAAAAGCUAAUUUAAAAAAAAAUGAAAAUGAAAAGCUAUAUUAUC